GUGUUUGAAGAUACUGUGGAGGAGCGUGUCAUCAAUGAAGAAUAUAAAAUCUGGAAGAAGAAUACACCGUUUCUGUAUGACCUGGUUAUGACCCAUGCUCUUCAGUGGCCAAGUCUUACGGUUCAGUGGCUUCCUGAAGUGACUAAACCAGAAGGAAAAGAUUAUGCUCUUCAUUGGCUAGUGCUGGGGACCCACACUUCUGAUGAGCAGAAUCACUUAGUGGUUGCUCGAGUGCAUAUUCCGAAUGAUGAUGCCCAGUUUGAUGCUUCCCACUGUGACAGUGAGAAGGGAGAAUUUGGCGGUUUUGGUUCUGUAACAGGGAAAAUUGAAUGUGAAAUUAAGAUUAACCAUGAAGGAGAAGUGAACCGUGCUCGCUACAUGCCGCAGAAUCCUCACAUUAUCGCAACGAAAACCCCAUCUUCUGAUGUGCUGGUGUUUGACUACACGAAGCAUCCUGCUAAACCUGAUCCAAGUGGAGAGUGUAAUCCUGAUCUUCGCUUGAGAGGUCACCAGAAGGAAGGCUAUGGUCUCUCCUGGAAUUCUAACUUGAGUGGCCAUCUCCUCAGCGCUUCUGAUGACCAUACUGUCUGCUUAUGGGAUAUCAACGCAGGACCAAAGGAAGGCAAAAUUGUGGAUGCGAAAGCAAUCUUCACUGGUCAUUCAGCUGUGGUGGAAGACGUGGCCUGGCACCUGCUCCACGAGUCUCUGUUUGGCUCCGUCGCCGAUGACCAGAAGCUUAUGAUAUGGGACACCAGGUCCAACACCACCUCCAAGCCAAGCCACUUGGUGGAUGCCCACACAGCCGAGGUCAACUGCCUGUCCUUCAACCCCUACAGCGAGUUCAUUCUAGCAACAGGCUCAGCGGAUAAGACCGUAGCUUUGUGGGAUCUGCGUAAUUUAAAAUUAAAACUCCACACCUUCGAGUCGCAUAAAGAUGAGAUUUUCCAGGUCCACUGGUCUCCCCAUAACGAAACCAUUCUGGCUUCAAGUGGUACCGAUCGUCGCCUCAAUGUGUGGGAUUUAAGUAAAAUUGGAGAAGAGCAGUCAGCGGAAGAUGCGGAAGAUGGGCCUCCAGAACUCCUGUUUAUUCAUGGAGGCCACACUGCCAAGAUAUCCGACUUCAGUUGGAAUCCCAAUGAGCCAUGGGUGAUUUGCUCUGUGUCUGAGGAUAAUAUCAUGCAAAUAUGGCAAAUGGCUGAGAAUAUCUACAAUGAUGAAGAGUCGGAUGUCGCUACAUCGGAACUGGAGGGGCAAGGAUCUUAAAGCGAGCCAGAGCAAUUUUUCUGUUGAAUGCUCCAUGAAUGCUUGCCUUAUUGAGCGCCAGAACGGCAUUGUAUAGUAGGAAACCCGAGUGGGUGGCAUGGCAUUCUUUACCCUUGAUUCUAGCACUUUCAAGUGAGCUAUUGCAUUCUGUAUCAUAUUGUAGCUAUUAGGGAAGAAAGCUGAAUGUUACUUAAGAGAGCAUCACCUUCAUUUUCAAAUCCAAGUAAUUAGGGUACUGCUGCCUUUUGAUUCCACUGUUUGAAGUCUUUGUUGUUUUCUUGAACUAAGUGCUUGCUGUUCCUGAAUAUGCAAAAAUAACUUUUACACUUUUUUCCCCUCCCAACACUUCUUGAUUGGCUUUGCAAAAAUAAAGUUUUAAAAUAA